AUGAGCGUCUAUGGGAGACUUCUCCACAAAGUUAUCAUGAUGACAAGUAUGAAGUGCAUGAAGGAAGUGGCAGGAAUUCCACCACCAGAAGAGGCCGAGGUGCAGCCAGAGGAGGCCCUCGUAAACCUUUCCCUCCAUCUCAUCAAGGAGCUAGAUGACACUGUCCAAGCAUUACAAGACAAAGUUAAGCAAUUGGAGUCUGUAGUGCAUGCCCAGACCAAGUCCCAAGAGGCUGAGUCUAGUUCUAAGCAACAUCAUGCUGGGUUCAGAGAGGAAGCGCCCCUUCAGAAGCCCGCAGUCACCAAAAAGCCGUUUAUUGAAGGCUCCCAGCCCUCCCAUAAACAUAACAGUGGAGCCCCCCCUAAACCGUCCACAUACACAGGGAACAUACCCGCCUUGAUUUCCACACUUGCUGAAGACAAGAAGGCACCCGAGUAUAAACCCAAGAAGCACCCUUCCAUCCAUCAAGGACUACGUCCUCAGCAUCUUCCUAUCAUUGAGACUGACCCAGAAUUAUGA